AUGCUCAACCUCCAAUCACGUAUCAACGGAAAAGACGAUGAUCGUCACUACAAUGAAACCCGAAUCGCCGUCCGUGAUCGUCUGAUUGCUCAGGAAAUGCGCGAUCUUGAAGCUCGGAUGCGUGGUCAGAACGUCUGGAAGCUGCACGUUCCAUCAGCCAACAAGGUCCACGAGAUGAGCCUAACCGUAACCCCACACGAGGGAACCUACCGUAACGGAACGUUUCGAUUCACCAUCACCGUGCCAACAGAAUACAACAACUGUCCACCAAUCGUGAAGUGUCUCACCAGAAUCUGGCAUCCAAACAUCACCGAGGAUGGAGCCAUCUGCCUGUCAAUUCUUCGUCAGAACUCUCUGGAUCAAUUCGGAUGGAGACCAACUCGAAAUCUGCUUGAAGUCGUUCAAGGACUCACUUCGUUGUUCACGGAUCUCAUCGAUUUCGAUGAUCCACUCAAUGUGCAGGCGGCUCAGAUGUGGUCUCACCAUCGUUGUGUGCUCGGACAGAGUGGUUGCUAG